UACUAGAGAAUCCUUGAUGUUUCUGGAUUUGUCUAUAGUGCUCUAGCAAGACAUAUAGGCUGCUUCAUUUCUGUGCCAAGGAGUGAAGAAAAAAGCUGUUCACAUCCACCAAACAGCAGUCCAGGAGUUUUGAAGGUCAUCCAAACCUGCACCACACAAGAAUCCCCUAAGCCUUGUCAAGGGGUUGGCAGGCUGCAUGCCUUAUUGAAGACUCCAGGCCAACAUCUACUCUGAGCUCUCAAUCUGUGGCUGAAUUCAGUUAUUCGUGGUUGAAGUACUUGGUUUGUUUGUUUGCUCACCACCUACCAAACAGCAGUGUUCCUGAAGACAUUAUUCAUCCUGUCUGUGUCAAAUGGGAAUUUUGCUCUUCAUUAAUGUGAAUAAGAACAACCUUAAUACUAACCAUCAAAUUUCAUCAAACAACCUGAGUUAACUGACAAUAUAGUGAACUAAAUGGAGGAAAGGAUUAACACCUAUGCCAAAAUAUUGCUUCUCUUGGAUGGGCCUAGGAUGAAACUCAUGGCCACCUUCCAGUUCAUCAGUCGAGCCCAAGAGGAAGAUCAGCCCAAAGGCAUUCUUCUCCAUGUUUUUGCUGUGGACAUCAACAACAGUACCACAGUUUUUCUGCAAGCUAACAAAGAAAGUAUAUUUGUGACCAGUCUCUGGGAUCAGGGGCUUGGUGUUCUUGCUGAUGCAAAUGAGGAUAAAGAAGUAACUACAAUCCAAAGACUCUCAAGACACUUUCCAAAAGCCAGUGAUAUUUUGUGGUACAUGUUGGGGUUCUUUCCCAAAAUUUUUCAACAUUCCUCAUUACAUCCAAAGACAACUUUGAACUCACCAUUGUGCGUUGUUCCAAGCAUGCUUUCCCAUUGGCCAUCAACUUCCAGAAUCUCAUCACUGGAAGAGAACCAGGAGAUUUCUCUUGUUAAUUCUCCUAUCAAAAAUUGCCUCUGCAUACACAGCGAUGACAUCAUUGCGCGCCAGAUGGAGAGCAGCCUGAUUUCUCCCAUCAGCUUUGGGAAGAGCCCCUUCAAUUCUGACACCACAAAGCAUGAACAUAGCUUUGAAGAAAUGCAACAAAGUCUUGAAAUUAGUUUGAUGCCAAUUAUAUCAAUGGACAAACAGGCACAACUGAAGGAUGAUGCCAAGCCCAUAACUGAUUCUCACAUAAAGCUUACUCAAAAACAGCAUUCCACUAAAAAGAGGCUAUGUCGGCAUGUCUUAGGCAGAAACCACAACAAGUUGGUACCAGCACCAGCACCUGAUCUGCCCAUAUCCCAGCAAGCACCACUAUUUGGGUCCCCCCUGCAAGAUGUGUGCAAAAAUGACAAGCUGCCAAAGCCAAUUUUGGAUAUGCUUUUCAUAAUUGAUCAAAAAGGUCCUGCCACAAAGGCCAUCUUCAGCAAAUGUGCCACCUUUAAAGACCGUCUAGCUCUAAAGGAGAAAUUAAAUUCCAGAGAGUGUGUCGACUGGGAAAACGCAUGCCCUAUUGUGGUAGCAACUGUCUUGAAGGAUUUACUUCAAAACAUACCUGGAAGCAUACUUACAGUCAAUUUCUAUGAAAAAUUCAUUGGUGUUCUGGAUGAAGGAAAUGAGGAAGCCAAGAUAGCCAUGAGUAAGAGGCUUUUAGCACAGCUGCCCAAACCAAACGUUCAUCUCCUGCAAUCUCUCUUUCACUGUUUACACAAGAUUUCACAGAAAUCACCCUCAAAGGAGAUGACAAGUUCUAACUUGGCAUGGUGCAUUACCCCAAGUCUUCUAUGGCCACCAGUUGCCAGCAUCCUAGAUAUAGCAACGGAAUGGGAGAAAAAGGUUGCUCUUGUACAAUUCUUGCUUGACCACUGUUCUGAGAUUUUUGGAGACAGCAUCACUUCCACCAUCAGAGAUCACCCAGAAUAUAAGGACCACUACCAGAAAGUUUCGGCCAUUUCAGGAAACAUGGAGUCAUCUGGAAAUGCUGAGAGUCUGCCUCCUCCUUCAGAUCCACACCAGAAGCCAACUCAGAAACGGCGUUCCGUUAAAAAGUGGCUGUCUGAGCAUAUCAGGGGCAGAAAACACAGCAAGGUGGCACCAGAAACUUCUACGCCCACAUACCAGCAAGCAAAGAUAUUUGGAUCAAUUCUACAAGAUGUUUGCAAAGAUGACAAGCUGCCAAAGCCAAUUCUGGAUAUGCUUUUCAUAAUUGAUCGAAAAGGUCCUGCCACAAAGGCCAUCUUCAGCAAAUGUGCUAACUUUAAAGACUGUCUAGCCUUAAAGGAGAAAUUGAAUGCUGGAGAGCGGGUUGACUGGGAAAACGCAUGCCCUAUUGUGGUAGCAACUGUCUUCAAGGAUUUACUUCAAAACAUACCUGGAAGUGUGUUUACUGCUAACCUGUAUGAAAAAUUCCUUGGCGUUCUGGAUGAAAAGAAUGACAAGACCAAGAUAGCUAUGAUUCAGAGGCUUUUAGCACAGCUGCCCAAACCAAACGUUCAUCUCCUGCAAUCUCUCUUUCGCUGUUUACACAAGAUUUCACAGAAAUCACCCUCAAAGGAGAUGACAAGUUCUAACUUGGCAUGGUGCAUUACCCCAAGUCUUCUAUGGCCACCAGUUGCCAGCAUUCUAGAUAUAGGAACGGAAUGGGAGAAAAAGGUUGCUCUUGUACAAUUCUUGCUUGACCACUGCUUCAAGAUAUUUGGAAGCAGCCUUACUUCCACCAUCAGAAAGCAAACAAAAUAUAGGAAACACUACCUAGAAGUUUCAGAUCCUCAGCUGAAGCCAGCUCAAAAACAACAUUCCAUUAAAAAGUGGCUAACUCCGCGUGUUUUGGGCAGAAAUCAAAACAGGGUGGCACCAGAACCCGCUCGGCCCACAGCCCACCAAGCACAGCUAUUUGGAUCACUCUUACAAGAUGUGUGUGAAAACGGCAAACUUCCAAAGUCAAUUUUGGAUAUGCUUUACUUCAUUGAUUUGAAGGGUUCCAUCACAGAGGGCAUAUUCAAAAAAUGUGUCAAUGGCCAAGCAUAUAGAACCCUCAGAGAAAAACUGAAUUCUGGGGAAGAGGUAGAUUGGAUGACUGAAUCACCUUAUGUCGUGGCAACUGUUUUAAAGGAUUUUCUCCAAAGUAUACCUGGAAGCUUGUUUACGACCGAGCUGUAUGAAAAGUUUAUUGGUGCUAUGGAUGAAGGGAAUAAGAAGGCCAGAAUUUCCAUAAUUCUCAGGCUUUUAGAUCAGCUGCCCAAAAUGAAUUUUCAUCUCUUAGAAUGCUUAUUCACGUGUUUAUACAAGAUUGCACAUUCACCACUCAAUAAUAUGACAUCGUCUGAUUUGUCACUGUACAUGACCCCAAGCCUUCUUUGGAUACCCAUUUCCAGAAACUCAGAAAGAGGAAUGGAAUGGCAGAGAAAGGUUACUCUUAUACAAUUUCUAAUUGAUAACUGCAAAAAUAUUUUCGGACAUAGACUGACCUCCUGCAUGGGAGGACACACAAAAUAUGAGGACACCUUCCAGGAACUUUCAGAGAAAAUGGAGCUAUCUGUUGACUCUGAGCUCAUGGAAGUCCCAUACAUCGACUAGAAGACCCAAAUACGGAAGGAUGGAAAGGCCACAUCUAGUAUGGGCCCAUCUAACUCUGUAUUCUACUUUCUGAACAUCUACAUACUUACAUAUGAUUUUUUUAACCAUACACUUCUUUUCACAUUAUUCUAAGACCAUUUUAAAAAUAUUUAUUGGAAUUUUCUAAAUUUAGUUGACAUCUUAAACUUGUUUCUAGAUAAAAUGGAUUUCUUGGUAAAAGACUGGUCAUGAGACACCUGAAAAUCACACCAACUUUUUGCUUCAUGUUUAACAUUACUUGAUCUUAAUGGAACAUUCAGUGAGCAGCUUCUAACAUAUGAGCUCAUCUUGUUAGAUCUUAGUUCUACCAUCACCCAUACACAAGGGAGACUUGAAAUGGUUCCUGCGAAAAGGGUAUAGAAAGAUUAAAUGAAAAACAACAAAAAUAGAAUUUAACAGGAGUUUUUUGAUCAAAAAUUUUUAAAGUCAUGCAAAUAUUUCUGAUAAGAUGU